AUGACUACCGACAUCUACAUCGGCAAACGUCUCUCCUUCGCCACUCACCUGUGCACAAUCCGCUACCACGGCACCCUCCCUAGUGCAACCGGCCCCUGGCUCGGCGUAGAAUGGGACGAGCCGACUCGUGGUAAGCAUGACGGGUCUCACAACGGCACCCGCUACUUCACCUGCCUGCACACCUCUCCAACAUGCGCCUCGUUUAUCCGACCCACGCGUAAACCAGACCCCACUCGUUCUUUUGUGCAAGCUCUGAAGCACAAGUAUGCCUCUGAGCAGGAAGAAGAAGAAUUCAAGGAUCCAGAUGUUCAUGUUGUGUUUAAUCACCAGCCCCCAAAGACGGUUUCAUUCAAUGGCAAGCCGGCAGAGGAGGUUGGAUUUGAUAAGAUCAGAAAACAAUUGGCACAGUUGGAGGAACUCAAGAUUAUUAUCCUGGAUGGGCUUUGCAUGGUGAGGCCGGAGGCGAGGGGGUCGUUGUGGAUGGAUGGUGGCGGGAAAAGAGACAUAGCGGACGCAUGUCCAAAAGCUGUGGAACUUGAUUUGAGUAGAAAUCUUUUCGAGGAUUGGAGGGAGGUGGCAGCUAUCUGUGAACAAUUGCCUGGAUUAAGAAGUUUGAGGGUUGAUGGCACAAGAUUCCACAACAUCACACUAUCCCCAGCCGAACAAACCCGCUGCUGCCACGCCUUCAAAGGCAUAACCUCUCUAAAACUAGAAGACACGCUCCUCCCCUGGACCGACCUGGCCCAGCUCACCCACCUCUUCCCCUCGCUCACCACUUUCUCCGCAGCCAGCAACCUGUACACGUAUCUCACACCACACGAGCCCAACCCGCAAAUCACUGAACUCAUCCUAGAAGACAACCUCCUAACCUCACUCUCCUCACUCUCAAGCCUAGCCAAGCUGCCAAAGCUCCAACGCUUGAUCCUCAAGCAGAACAAAGUAUCCGAGCUAAUCACCCCGGACGCAGCGAUACCAGUAUUUCCGCCAACACUGCGAGAAGUAGAUCUGUCUUUCAACGAGAUAUCAACAUGGGCUUUCAUCGAGCAACUCGCGCACGUCUUUCCCGGCCUCCAGAGUCUGCGCGUCUCGCACAAUCCGCUGUAUUCUUCGCUACAAGCACCCGACGGCCGCACGCUAACUGCCGACGAUGGGUACAUGCUUACCCUGGCGCGCUUGGGUAAUCUCAAGACAUUGAACCACAGCCCCAUCAACGAGAAGGAACGGCUGAACGCUGAGACGUAUUACCUAUCCAUGAUAGCCAAGGAAGUGCAAUUUGCGUCUGAGAAUCUACGGGAACAGAUCCUAAAAAGUCAUCCGAGAUAUACGUGGCUGUGCGAGGAAUAUGGAGAACCAGAUAUCCAGCGGUCCGUCAAUGCUGUGAAUCCGAAUUCGCUGUCAGCCAGAUUACUCCGUGUCAAGUUCUAUUCGGCGACUGAGACGUCUACGGUGUUUGAGACGGAGAUUCCCAUGAGUAGUACGGCGUAUACGGUUCUCGGUAUGGUUGGCAAGCACUUCAGCAUCAAGCCCAUGCAGUGCAGGCUGGUCUGGGAGACGGGUGAUUGGAUGUCUGUUCGUAAGUCUGCAACGGAUAUCGUAGACGAUGAUUGGGAUUCUGAAGAUAGCGAGGCUGAGGUGGGAAUGGAGCGAAUCAUGAGGGAAGUGGAGAUUGUGCCCGGAACAAGAUCGAUCGGGACAUGGGUGGAUGGGUCGGUAGCUACUAUCCGGGUAGAAGUCAAAUGA